AUGUUGAGAGCUGUUGCACGUUCGCAGGUUAGAUCUUUGAGAAACGCUCGUUUGUACUCCAGUUUCAAGGAGUUGAAGUUCGGUGUCGAAGGCAGAGCUGCUCUGCUUCGUGGUGUCGAGACUUUGGCCGAUGCUGUCUCUGCCACGCUGGGGCCUAAGGGUAGAAAUGUGCUGAUCGAGCAGCCAUUCGGAGCACCAAAGAUCACCAAGGAUGGUGUCACCGUGGCCAGAUCCAUUACUUUGGAGGACAAGUUCGAGAACAUGGGUGCUAAGCUUCUGCAAGAAGUUGCCUCCAAGACUAACGAGGCCGCCGGUGACGGUACCACCUCCGCCACUGUCUUGGGUAGAGCCAUCUUCACCGAGUCCGUCAAGAACGUCGCUGCCGGUUGCAACCCUAUGGAUUUGAGAAGGGGUUCCCAGGCCGCCGUCGAGAAGGUCAUCCAAUUCUUGACUGAAAACAAGAAGGAGAUCACCACUUCUGAGGAAAUCGCCCAGGUGGCCACCAUCUCAGCUAACGGUGACGCCCACGUCGGUAAGUUGCUUGCCUCCGCCAUGGAAAAGGUCGGCAAGGAAGGUGUUAUCACCAUCAGAGAAGGCAGAACUUUGGAAGACGAACUAGAAGUCACCGAAGGUAUGAGAUUUGACCGUGGUUUCAUCUCCCCAUACUUCAUCACUGACGCAAAGUCCGGCAAGGUAGAAUUCGAAAAGCCAUUGUUGUUGUUGAGCGAAAAGAAGAUCUCUUCCAUCCAAGACAUCUUGCCAGCUUUGGAACUAUCUAACCAAAGUAGAAGACCACUAUUGAUCAUCGCCGAAGAUGUCGACGGUGAAGCCCUAGCUGCUUGUAUCCUAAACAAGUUGAGAGGCCAAGUCAAGGUCUGUGCCGUUAAGGCUCCAGGUUUCGGUGACAACAGAAAGAACAUUCUAGGUGAUGUCGCCAUCUUGACCGGCAGUACUGUUUUUACUGAAGAAUUGGACUUGAAGCCAGAACAAGCCACUAUGGAACACCUAGGUUCCUGUGACUCCAUUACUAUCACAAAGGAAGACACUGUUAUCCUAAACGGUAACGGCUCCAAGGACUCUAUCCAAGAAAGAAUUGAACAGAUCAAGAACUCCAUUGAUGUCACCACUACUAACUCUUACGAGAAGGAGAAGCUACAAGAAAGACUUGCCAAGUUAUCCGGUGGUGUUGCUGUCAUCAGGGUUGGUGGUGCUUCUGAAGUUGAAGUCGGUGAAAAGAAGGACCGUUACGAUGACGCUUUGAAUGCCACCAGAGCUGCCGUUGAAGAAGGUAUCUUACCAGGUGGUGGUACUGCUUUGGUUAAGGCCUCUAGAGUUUUAGACGAAGUCAAGACUGAGAACUUCGACCAAAAAUUGGGAGUUGACAUUAUCAGAAAGGCCAUUACUAGACCAGCUAAGCAAAUUAUUGAGAACGCCGGUGAAGAAGGCUCCGUUAUUGUCGGUAAGCUUGUUGAUGAAUUUGGCGAAGAUUUUGCUAAGGGUUACGACUCCGCUAAGGGAGAAUUCACUGAUAUGUUGGCUGCCGGUAUUAUUGACCCAUUCAAGGUCGUUAGAUCUGGUCUGGUCGACGCUUCCGGUGUUGCUUCCUUGUUGGCUACUACCGAAGUUGCCAUCGUUGACGCUCCUGAACCAGCUCCAGCUGCUGGUGCCCCAGGUGGUGGUAUGCCAGGUAUGCCAGGUAUGAUGUAA